AUGAGGAUGCUGGCAGGGCGAUGGCAGCUGGAGGGGCGGCGGUGGCAGCGCACUGAGCCAGCUGUGGUGCUUCGCGCCCUCUACAACUACGCGUACCGGGCUGAGGAUGGGCGGCAUGUGGCCAUGGCUGCUGGCGAACAGUUCCUGCUGCUCCACAAAGCCAACGAGGACUGGUGGCAGGUGAGACGGGCCAGCGAGCCCCGCUGGGCUCGGCCCUUCUUUGUCCCUGCUACCUACGUGGCCGAGCUGGAUGCUGGGGCCACCAGGAGAAGGAACACGCUGCCCUCCAGCCAGAAAAGCUGGGGGGUCUCCUGGGUGGUGCUGGCCGGGAACAGCCUCAUCUUCUACAAGGAGACCAAGGGGCCGGCACCCACUGCCUGGUGCCCUGCCAGCACCCGCCCUGAGAGCAGUGUGGACUUGCGGGGGGCUGCCCUGGAUUGGGCCCAUGACCUCUCCAGCAAGAAGAAUGUCAUCCACCUCCGCACUGUGACGGGUAAUGAGUUCCUGCUGCAGUCAGACCAAGAGGCCACCAUCCAGGAGUGGGCCUGGGCCAUCAGGGGGGUCAUCCGCCGGCUGGACCUGGAGAACCCAGUGGACAUGCCCGUGGGGUGGCUGCGCCGGGAGAACGUUGGGGACCUGGUAGACCUCAGCGGGGACGAGGACGAGGUGCCGCGGGUCACUGAGGGGGCCAGGACUUCAGGUGCCCCCCACACCCCUGAUGCCUCGGAGAAGAAGCGGGUGAAGAGCAAGCUGAGGCGCUUCAUCAUCAAGCGGCCCCCGCUCCAGAGCCUGCAGGAGAAGGGGCUUAUUCGAGACCAGGUUUUUGGGUGCCGCCUGGACGCCCUGUGCCAGCGGGAGAGCACCACUGUGCCCCGCUUUGUCCGGCUCUGUGUGGAGGCUGUCGAGGAGAGAGGCCUUGAUGUUGAUGGAAUCUACCGGGUCAAUGGGAACCUUUCUGUGAUCCAGAAGCUGCGUUUUGCUGUGGACCGGGAGCGAGCUGUGACCUCGGACGGGCGCUAUGUCUUCCCCGAGCAGCUGUGCCAAGAGGAGCGUCUCAGCCUGGCAGACCCUGAGUGGAGCGAUGUCCACGUGGUGACCGGUGCCCUCAAGCUCUUUUUCCGGGAGCUGCCUGAGCCCUUAGUGCCCUACGGGCUCUUUGACGCCUUCAUUGAAGCUGUCAAGCUGCCGGACCCCCAGGAGCAGGUGAAGCAGACCCCCUGGGGUGAUGGAGGCAGGACCGGGGCUGGAUGGGGUGCAUGGGACCACCCCCCAACCCUGCACAUCCCCAGGGUGAUGGAACGGGUAGAUGUCAACCGCAUGACACGCCAGAACAUCGGCAUCGUGUUUGGACCAACACUGCUGCGGCCGGAACGGGAGCCGGGCAGCCUGGCAGCAGGCAUGGCCCAGCAGAACCAGGCUGUGGAGCUGCUGCUGGCACACUUUGAC